AUGGCCGAUACACGAGAUUUCGCCGUUGAGCCAGCACCGCCAGAAAUCGACGUCUCUGUCCAAAACGAUACGUCUCAAACAAUGAAUCGUCAACCCUCAAGCCCUGCGGUUCUGCCUCCUCGCGACUCAACGACGUCGGGUUUAUCUGCCUCCUCCACACACAUGGGUCAGAUCAACGCUGCGCGGCGGGGUGGACCCUCACCGCACCACCAGGUAUCCAUGAGCUCGCAGGCAACCGGUGGAUUGAAUCAGGAUAUCAUGGCCAAAAUGAGGGCGUUUUCACUUUCUCGGCAAGGUGCUCCGACACCUCAUGCUGCAUCGACCGGCCAAAUCCCCACCUCACACUCGAUCGGUGCGGGCGGCGGCGCACUUGCAGGCCGACUUCCUCCGACCACACGGCCUAGCCCUCAGCCUUGGAGCUCUUCUCCAACGUCUGCUAAUUCUUCCCCUGGCCCUGUGCCCAGGCCUGGGGUUGGAGGACUAGCGGCGAAGCGCAUGAAGCCAGGCCUCAAAUUGUCGGAUGUGACCGGCCCGCCUACUCCAGCAGCUGGAACAGACCAAAAGCCGAACGAGAACCCCGAGGAGUCUGCUUUCAGCAAGUACUCUGAGUUCAUCGAUACGAAAGAAGGCACUUUGAACUUCAAAAAUAAAGCGAUCUUACACGGUGGCGGUGUCGAAUUCUCAUCUGGUCAUAGCUUCAAGCUAUCAUUGGAUGAGGUUGAGCGCCUGGAGGAAUUAGGCAAGGGAAAUUAUGGAACAGUUUACAGGGUCCGACGCUGUCGUCCACAUCUUCGAAAGCCAGGUCAGGGCUUGGGUGGCAUUGUCAGCCGGCCUGCUGAUGAGCUCAGCCCCAAACCUGGGUCGAACCAGCUGUCUGGCAUGGAAAUGGCGAUGAAGGAAAUUCGCUUAGAAUUGGACGAAGCCAAGUUUGCGCAAAUCAUCAUGGAGCUCGACAUUUUACACCGCUGCCUCUCCCCGUUCAUCAUCGAUUUCUAUGGAGCAUUUUUCCAGGAAGGUGCGGUCUACAUGUGUGUCGAGUAUAUGGACGGCGGUUCGAUCGACAAGCUCUAUGAGGGUGGUGUUUCCGAAAACAUUCUGCGCAAGGUCACUCUGUCCACAAUCAUGGGAUUGAAAUCAUUGAAGGAUGAUCACAACAUCAUUCACCGCGAUGUGAAGCCUACCAACAUCCUCGUUAACAGUAAGGGCCAAGUCAAAAUUUGCGAUUUCGGUGUCAGUGGAAACCUCGUUUCCAGUAUCGCAAAGACAAAUAUCGGUUGUCAGAGUUAUAUGGCCCCCGAAAGAAUCGCGGGAGGUGGAAUGCAACAAUCAGGAGCCCCCAGUGCUGGUACAUACAGUGUACAAAGUGACAUUUGGAGUUUGGGACUGUCUGUCAUCGAAUGCGCCAUGGGUCGUUACCCAUACCCACCGGAGACCUUCAACAACAUUUUCAGUCAACUACAUGCCAUUGUUCAUGGAGACCCCCCAACCCUGCCUGCUGAGGGCUAUUCCGAAGAGGCCCACGCUUUCGUCCGAGCCUGUCUCGAUAAAAACCCGAAAAACCGCCCAUCUUACAGUAUGCUUCUUCGGCACGCUUGGCUCGCACCCCUCAUGCAGCCACCAACAGAGUCAGGUGAAGACGCCUCGCCCGAGGAUUCCGACUCCGGUGAUGCCGCCUCAUCCGCGACGACAGCAGACAAAGAAGUCGCCGAGUGGGUCAAUAGACAAAUUCAACGCCGGAAAGCAGGCACCCUUCGUCCCUCUGAGAAGCCAGCGCUACAUGCUGUCGCGCUGGAUAAGGUUGCCACAAGCCCCUCUGAGGGUGACCUCGCUCCGUCGCAUAAUGACUGA